AGGUAGUCUGUAGAACGCCGGGACGCCCUCGGGUGGGGCGAGUUGGAUGUUUAGUCCUCACUGAGGGAAAUGUGUCUGAGGGCAAAGCGCGGAAAACUGGCUUGAGCUGCUGCGAGGGGAAAAGUUGUAAACCGUCACCCCUCCUCUCCGGCGCCCCGCAGGAGAGAACGGUUUCCUGGUCCCUGCGGGGUCUUCAGCGCCGGCCGAUAUUUCCCUGCAGCGGGAUGGAGCAAGAGACUGAGGCAGUCCCCAGGAAGAGGAAGGAGGCGGACUCGGCCUUGGCGACAGAGCUGGGUAGGCCUCCGUGGGAUCUUGAGGACAAGCAGCCUAAAGCCAAGAAAGCUCGCUUAUCUACCAUUUUAUUUCCUGAAACUUGUGAAGUAACCCAUAGACAGCUGUGUGAGUUGCUGAAGUAUGCAGUCCUGGGUAAAUCCACUGUUCCUAAACCCAGCUGGUGCCAGCUUUUACACCCAAACCACCUAAGCAGUGUGGUGAUUUUUAUUCUGAAGGGAAUGAGUCAGCUGCACUUCUACAAGUUUUAUUUGGAAUUCAGAUUUCUCCGAAAGACAUUCAAACAUAAAUUCAGCUUGCCUCCUCCAACAUCUGAUUUUCUAUUUGAUAUCAUUGGGCUGCAAAAGAAGAAAUCAACUAGAGGUUUUCCUAGGACUAUUGAAGGACCUUUAAUGUCUGCCGUUCUAAAAUCCAGCACCAACCUGCAGAAUGACCCCAUCAUUCAGAAGUAUGGCUGUGAGAAAGUGGGCUUGACUAGAUGCCUUCUGACAAAAGAAGAAAUGAAAACAUUUCAUUUCCCACUAGAAGGUUCCCCUAACUGUGAAAACUUUAUCCUUACCAAGUGUGAUGGUUCCAUAACAGAUAGUAGUCCCCUCUUUGGACUUGACUGUGAAAUGUGCCUUACAUCCAAGGGGAGAGAACUAACACACAUCUCACUGGUUGCUGAAGGAGGCCAUUGUAUUAUGGAUGAGCUGGUCAAACCUGACUUCAAGAUUCUGAACUACCUUACUAGUUUUUCAGGAAUUACAAAGAAGAUUCUUAACCCAGUGACAACCAAACUCAAAGAUGUACAGAAGCUGUUAAGAAAACUACUUCCUCCUGAUGCUGUGUUAGUGGGCCAUUCCCUAGACUCGGAUCUCAGAGUAUUACAAAUGAUACAUCCAUAUGUUAUUGAUACCUCAUUGCUUUAUGCCGGGAAGCAGGGCAGAAGAUUUAAGCUAAGAUUCUUAGCCAAAGUUAUUUUGGGGAAAGAUAUGCAGUGUCCAGACAAGGUUGGUCAUGAUACCAUAGAAGAUGCUAGAACAACUCUUGAAUUAACUCGUUAUUUUCUUAAGAAUGGGCCAAAGAAGAUUGCAGAGCUCAAUCUGGAGGCACUAGCUAGUCAUGAAGAACUGAAAGCAGCCAGUCAAGAACCAGGAAACAAGGGAGGACCUACUGAGUGCCCAAAUAUGAGUGUUUUAGAAUGCCUGGACUCAGUGGGUCAGAAACUCCUUUUCCUGACCCGGGAUAUAGAUGAACUUUCUUCUUCUAGAAACUGUCAAACUAUUAGGUGCUCUUCAAAUAAAGAGGUGCUUGAGCAAGCUAGAGUGGAAGUCCCUUUGUUUCCCUUCAACAUCGUGCAGUUCUCUUUUAAGCCCUUUUCACCUAUCCUUGCUGAAGAGAUGAAGAAAAGAAUGAAGACGAAAUGGACAGAGAUGUCAACUGUCUAUGCUGGGCCAUUUAUCAAAAAUUGUAACAUUGAGGCUGUGAAGAAGAUGUUUAACAGCUUGGGCCCAGUCGAAUCAAUAACUCUUGUUCUUGAAACUUAUAUGCCUCACUUCUGUAUACAGUAUGAAGUCCUGGAAGCUGCUCAGCUGGCUAUAGAGACCAUGAAUGGCAUUUUGGUAGAAGAUUCCUACAUCAGGGUGCACAGGCCUGUGACAGAAUUCACCCUUGAGUGUGACAUCCUUGUGCAUGAGCUAGAGCAAGAUUCUGAGAACCAAGGAAUUAUAUAUGUUGCUGGAUUAGGUGAAACUUUUAAAGAACACCUACUGGAUCAGUCCAGCCUCUUUCCUGGCCUAGAAGCUGUGAUCCUGCCUAAAGAUGUUAAAAGCAGAAAGCAAAAAAACUACUGUUUCUUGAAGUUCAAAACUCGUGACAAUGCCCAAGUAGCUCUUGAAAUUUUCAAAGGCAAGGACUGGAAGUUGAAAGGCAGACAUGCCCUAACCCCCAGGCACCUCCAGGCAUGGCUUAAGGACAUACAUCCUGAACCGGCAACACCUUCAGGACUUCAAAUAGUACCACCUCUCUUGGAGAAGCAUGUCUUCCAGACUCUGAAGGAGAACCAUGCAAAGAUAGUAGCUUGGCGCUGUAACCAAAGGAUUGAAAGGCUCUACCACAGCCUGAGCCCGGGCACCCUCUGCCUCAUCCUGCUACCAGGAACCAAAAACACUUUUGGAUCACACCCAGGCCUAGGACUGAUGAAAAUAAAAGAAGAGGAAAAUGACACCCCAGGCCUGGGAGUGUAAGUCUCCCCAUACUUUCCAAGUGCCACUUUACAUAUAGAGAAUGUGGCUAAGCUACAGCCCCUGCGAGAGGAUGACAAACCUUUCCAUCUAGCAGACAGCUUUGGUAAAAAGUUAGGAUACCAGCUAAAGUAUAUUGUCAUGUUCAAAAUUUCAAUAAAUGCCUAAAACUCAAAA